AUGCCGGGUGAUUGUCGCGACGCCGGUCGGUUGGCACUGGUGGUGGUGCUGCUUCUGGAUCUCGGUGUUGGGGGAGGUCGGGGCCUCGCGAUGGCCAACAGCUCCGAGGAGAGUCCGCUCCAGCGACGGAUGGCCAGCUUGAGCAGUGGCCACGGGAAACCCAGGCCGGAGAAGUACUCGAUGGCCGAGGAGUUCAACUUUACCGGUGUCCUGCAGCCGGAGUACCAGAUGAGGGCCACCCUCAAGCCGAACGACGUGUCUCAGUUCUAUUAUCUGAACCCGAAGACCGGAUCGCCGCCGACGCUACUGGUCAGCCCGUGCAGUGGCCCGAUUUCAUGGAACGUCAGCUACGUCGGUCCUCCCAAGACCGAGCAGCACGCGGAAGGCACCAAGUCGGCUCAAACGCACUACCUGGUGAAGAACAUGAUACCAGGCUCGCCGCUCUUCAAAUACGAGGGCGCAGAGACACGCAACUUCACGAUCCCAGGCUGGGCCCAAGCCAAUCUCUACCGCAUCGACAUGCGACCGGUGAGCUCGCCGAUACUCAAGACCCGCUCGCCCAACACGGUCUUGCUGUACGCCACAUCCGACGCCCUGGCUCACCUGCCCAGCAAUCUCGCGGCCCCGACUAGAACCAAGAGACAACAGCCGAGCCUCGAGUUUCAGCAGAGGUGGAGCCGGCGCAGGCUCAUCGUGUCCUGGAACAAAAGCUACAUAGAUGCGGACAAGUCGACUUACCUGCUGGCAGUGACUUCGGGGGAGAUUUUACAUCCACCGACCCUGUGUGCUGCCGAGAACGUCCUGAGGAAGCACCCAUGUCCCAGCAGGCCAAUACCGGGACAACCGAUCCAGCAUCGCAGCGAUCCCGAAGGUUUGCACUGCGUCCGACGGACCAAGCUCACCCUCUUCGGCGUCAAAUACAACAUGACUUACCAUUUCACGCUCUACAUCAUGAACACGCAGACCAACGUGUCGAGUUUGGUGGCGAUGGACUCGUUCCGCUUCCACAGACGAGCCCCGAUCAAUUUGCAAAAUGGGCGCUACAUCAGCGCAAACUUGCGGGACAACGACGGCUUCGUUGUUUUUCGCUACAAGCCCCGCGACAACACCACCACGAUAUUCAACAUCCUCGCUUGCGGCGCGUGCUCGAUCAAGGCCAAGUUUCGCGCCCCGGAUUACUGUUUGAACUCAGCUACGCGAAACUCGCCGUGGGAGUACAGGACGUUGCGCAAGUGCCGGUCGAAGCGCGCCUCCCGGUGCGCAGCGGUGACGAGCGGCAGCGGCUCGCGCGGCAUCUUUGGCACCGGUGACUACCUCCUCCACGACGGCGACAGCAGCAGGAACGCCAGCAGGCCCUGCAAGACCACCCGAAGCCCGGCCCACUCGCUCGCGAGGCCCUGCCCAUCCCCCUGA